CGUUCGGCUUCCAGACAGAUCGAAUCACUCGGAAGCGUCGAAUCAAAAGAAACACUUGCACAUUCAUAAUGAAUCGAGAUUGUCUUAUCGCUGUCGUCACCUGUCUGUUGGUGGCUCUCCCCAAGGCUCAGGGCCACAGCAUCGGAGGUACAAAUGGCACCUUGAAUCUGCCGGAGGUGCGCGGCAAUAGGUUCCUCUACUUUGGGUUCGGGAGCAACAUGCUGGCCAAGAGGAUCCACAUCCAGAACCCAACGGCUGUCAGAGUUGGUCCCGGCCUGCUUCCCGAUUACCGACUGGACUUUGCCUUCGAAUCGGCUCGUUGGGGAGGAGCCGUGGCCACCAUUGUGCCAACGCAGGGGGAUCAUGCGUGGGGAACUCUCUGGAAGAUCGACCUUACCAAUCUGCCGGAUAUAGACAACCAAGAAGGCGUGCAUGAGGGCAUCUACGAGUCUCGCACCGUUUACGUGAAACCCCGUGGCGAAUCCGAUCCAGUUCCUGCCCGUGCUUAUCUACUGACCAAGCAGCCGGACACCAAUCUCUACAAACUGUCGAAGGAUUCUGUUCCUGCAUCCCGUCAGCCCUCAAAAACAUAUCUACAAUGCCUCGUACAGGGCGCUAUCGAGAGCUCCGUGCCCGAGGAUUAUGUUCGGCGACUGCGGGGCAUCAAGCAUAAUGGUCACGUGGCAAGCGAUCUUGAGCAGAAGCUGGAACUGCAGAAUGUUGCACUCUAAAUUAUACUCUCGUAUCAAAAAGUCUAACAAUUAAAAACAAAGAAAAUAAAUGUAUGACAUCCAUAUGAACUUCAAAAAGAAAGAUAAAAAUAUAAAAUAUUGGAAAAUCAU